CCCACGUGUCUCCAUCUCUCCACACGUACUCGCUCCCCAUUGGCUGAAUUGAUUCUAGCCAAUCACAAGGCUGGAAUGCGACAUUUAUGCGACCUCACUUUCCCGCCCUGGAGGGUCCCACCACUAAUGCCCUCAUCUGGCCAAUCACCUUCCACAUAUUAUCAUUUUUUUUUCAAAAGGGAAAUUCUUGCUUGUAUACCUGGGUAGGGUUUGUUUGGUUUCAAUCAAAUUGUGACUUUGACAUAUAAUUAAAUUAUGGGCAUUAUUGAAUUUCAUUUUCAGAAUAGCACUUAGGAAUCGUUUGACCGUAAGGUUUGUUUGUUUGAUUCUAAGCUCUUAGGAUUUGGAAGUGAUGGAAUGAGGAAGAGAUAUUGUUUGUUUAUAUGUAGUAGUAGAUAGAAGGGGGCGAACUCAGAUGAGUCAUAAGAUUACAUUUUUAUAAUGUUUGCGUAUGUCCAAGGGAACUUGUUCUACCUGUAUAAUGGUGGGAUACAAUGAUUUUUGUUGAUUGAAGAACCAUUGUUGUGGGUUGCUCCUAACUUGGUUGAAGGAGGGUUCGAGCACCGGUAUGAUGGCACUUGUUCUCCUUGUCUUAACCGCAUAAUGAUUCGUACACACGACACAAGUACACUAACUAUUACAUUUCAAAAAGAAAAAAGAAAUUUUUUGAGAACUAGUUUAUGGGUGAAUCAAGCAUUGCCUACUAUAUAUGUGAUUGGAAAGCUGCCAAUUUCUUUUACCUAUAUUGCUAGAAUGCUCAGCAUCGAGUAAAUCAUAUGGCUUGGGUUGCUCGAAAUUGCUCGAAAUCAUAUGAUUAUCUGUUCUUAUUGUAUUAUUCGAUUUGUUGUAAUUGUUCUACUUCUUUUGGAUGGAAUGAAAGAAAGUACGAUUAUUAAAAAAAAAAGAGCAAAUCAUAUGACUCAUAUGCAACUUCCGGCCUUACAACGUUGUUAGGCAUGGACUAACCAUUCAUGACAAAAUAUCAGAUGAAAGAUUUACUCCUUUGAGAGAGUAAAAUUCACUAUAGCAAAUUAAUAAACGCUAGCCAAACACGGCCUUAUAAUUUAAUAAAGAUUUUUUAUUAAGUUCAAUUCUCCGACUCUUUCGGCAGCCAGCGGACACGUGCAGGCUCUUCACCCGGCCACCGUGAUGCGCUAUUUGCUUUAGAUUAUCUUCCUUCUCUCUCUCACUCCCCACCUGAUAGAGAGAGAAAAACCACAGAACAAUAUUCCACAAACCACCCGAAAAAACCAACCGAAAUCUCCACCGCCGGCACCGGGAGACUGUAAAAUCCCUGAUCCGACGGUGAAGCGGAGGCAGGGAAACACCCUAGAUGGACGGCGGAGGAGGUGAUGGGUAUCGGCUGAUGAACUUCGCUUCGGGGCGCGUGCAAGAGGAGGAGCCGACGAUAAUCAGCCGGAUGAUGCUCAGAUUCCGCCCGAUCGCUCCCAAGCCGGCCGCCGGAGCAGGCACCGGAUCCUCCGCGGCCAGGCUAGUCCCCAAGGUAAGGACGAAGCGUAAGUACGUUAGGGUUAGAGCAGCUGCGCCGCGGAAGAAGAAAAGCACCAAGAAGAAUAACAAUAAUGAUAAUAGUAACAGUAGGGUAGGUGGCGACGGCGGAGCGGCGGCAGAUCUAGGGUUUGUGCAGCUCCCGGCAACUCUCCAGCUCCUUCCGGAGGCUUCCAAGCUGGAUCGCCACAGAUCUGACGUCAAAAUCUCGGAUCCGGUACUUAACCUUCCCGUGGAAGACAAUAGUAACAGUGCAAAAAAUAACCGCGGAAGCAGCGACGACAGUUACGGCGCCGCCGUGCUGGAUCCGGAGACGGCGGAGGUGGAGACGUGGGUGACGGCGGAAGGGGUGACAGGCGGGUGCAUGGACGUGGCUGAGGGACAGGGUCUGUUAGGGAUCCGAAUGAUGGAUCUGCAGGAUGACACGUGUCCCGCUUUCGUUUCGGACGGCAAGGAUAAGGUUCGGUGGGUGAACCAGGCGUAUAGAGAGAUGGUGGGUGCGGCAGCAGGCGAGAAGGGAGGCAGUGGUAAUAAGGUGGUAGUGCGGCUAGUGGUUGCGGAGAAGUUGCGACCUUACUUCCAGGGGUGCCCAGCUUUUAGCUGCUGGGUUGGGGUCAGGUUUAGGGAUAAUAGUAACAAUAACGGAAAGUGGUCUAAUGUAAGGUUUCCAUGUGAUGUGUGGAAGAUGGAGGAGGAAGGGUGGUAUGGUUGGAGGUUGGACACUAAGGUUGCUCUCAAAUUGGGUCUCUAGCCUAAGCUAUGGUUAAGCUUUUAAGUGAAGUGACCCCAUGAAAUGGUGAGUAAGACUAAGAAGACAAAGGUAAAAGGUUGUUUUUAAGUAUGUUGAUAUGUGUGUGGGUUGUGUGUGGCACAUUAUAUGACCCUCCCUUGCUACUACUACUACUCUCUUUGAUAAUUUUUGUGUAAUUGUAUAUAAGGAUGGAUGGAGAGGACAAUAUUGCUAGAGGGUUAUCUCUCUCUCCCUCUCCCUCUCUUUUCUUCUCAAAAACUAAGAGAAGGAAAGUGUAGUAGUCAUCAAGGUAUACAAAAUAAAAGGUUGAUGCUUUUUAGUAUAUAUGGUACAUUUUCUCAAAUGAUGGUUGGUGUGUGUGUGUUUAUGGAGUGCAAAGUGUCAAUAGGUGAGAGAUUGGAAGGGGAUGGGGUAUAUAUUGGUUAGAUGAUAUCUCAAAGUUUUUGUUUUAAAUGAGGAAUUAGGUACCAAGUUUCACUAUCAAAGUUGUUUGUUGUUUCUGUGCAUAUUUAUGUGUGUUGUGGGGUAUGUUAGGCAUAUAUAUUACGUACCAAUUAGCAAGCUACAAAUAUAUGUAAAGCUUGGAGGAUGGGGAAGGUUAGGUGAUAUGUUUGAGUUUCCUAGCUAGCAUGUGUUGGAGUGGUCCAAUAGCAAUAUGGGUAAUAAAGUGUUGUUGGUUUGUGAUCGUGAGUACAACGGUAUAGAGCUUAACUUCCCGAUAAUGACACAUACUGAUUCAUUCAUUCAUUCAUCUCACUCUUUGUUCCCUAGACGUAUGUAUCUCUACAUGCUUUUUGGAGCUUUUCUCUUUGAUGUUUGUUUUGCCUUUUUUUUUUUUUUUUUUACAAAGGGGGAUGAUAGUUUACUUGCAAUUUAACAGGGGAUGAGGGAAAUCUUGAAUUUGUGUUUGGGUGUAUUGUGUUGAUUUUUGUUUCCUAACUUCAAGGAUCAUUUUCAUAUUAUCAGUAGUUCGGUUGAUGAGUUCUUUAAUCAUUUUUUUUAAUAUUAUAAAUAAAAUAAGAUUAAGUAUUUAGAGCAUGACGUGAUUUAAGAAUGCAUGUAUAUUUGGAGUAAUGUAUCGAUGUAUUAAUUGAUGUGUUUUCUCCUAAAAUGUAUACAUUUCAAGAUAUAAUGCAUUUCUAAAAUUUUAAAUCUAGUGAAAUUUUAGGAGGUUUCCAAUAUUAUAAUGCAUUUUAAAGAUUUCAAAUUGAGCUAUUGAUUCAUAUUUCGUUUUAUCUUUCCUAAUUCUCCAACAAAAAAUAUAAUUAAAAUCAUGUAAUAUUUUUGUGAACACCGAUGAUCAUAUAUAUAUAGCCAACUGUUAUAUGUUCAUUAGUGUCGAAGAGGCAAUCUAAUGGGUAUUGGGAAAAAUGAAUAGCUAAUUACUCCCAAAAUUAAAGCUCUAGAAAAAAAUCAUACUAAAUUAGAACCAAUUUU